AUGGAACCAUCGCUCACCCCCCGGCCACAUCACCUUGAUCAGUAUGCCCAGAAAUAUGCUUCGUCUCUCUCAAGAGUUCCUUGUCGGUUUUACGCACGGGGCAAUUGUCGGGAUGGAGACAAGUGCCGCUUUUCUCACACAACACCACCUAAGACUGGAGAUACUGACAACGUCGCUGCGCCCUCGUCAUAUUCCGACACGAGAGGACAAGUUCCAUGUCAAUUCUACUUGCGAGGUAUCUGUAGGAACGGCGACGGUUGUCCUUAUUCUCAUACCGGAGCCAAAGAAGGGAAAGCUGUUUCGAGUAUAGAGGAAACGAACUCCGAUAACUUCAGUAGACAAAUCGCCGGUGCUAUUGUCACCUUCAUCGACGGUGCCAAGGUGGAAAAGAUUUCCUUUCCGUCAGAUUUCUCAGCCGUCCAUCUGGGCAAUCUUCCACCCAACAGCUCGCCUUCAUCUAUAACAAACAUGCUGGCGCAGCUAGGCCUCGACGUUCCGGCUAGUCAAGUGCGUGUGCGACCACUAGAAAAUGGCAGUAGCGCGGACGUCCGUAUGGAGGACUCAACGUUUGCAAAAACCCUCUGCGCCAAGCUCGCGAAGGACUUAGGUAACACCGCGGCAUCCAGAAUCACUGCAAUCACCGUCAGCUCGCCCGUCGUGCUCGGAUCAAAUGCACACCGGGUAGAUAGUAAAAAGGUCCACUGCUCGUGGCAUCGACCGUCACGUACCGUGAGGAUGAGUUUCGGAAGUCAGAGCAUUGCGAGAAAGGUUGAGAGUGCGUUCAAUGCGGGUAUUUACAAGGUCGUUGGUCAAGCUGUGAGAAGCGUCAGCCUUCAUGGGAGCAGAGGAGGCUACCACGGCGUAGGGUGGACGUUGUCGCUUUCAAAUCUCCCAGCCAAUAUACUCGCAGGAGAUAUACUUAGCGAUAUUCCGGUGCACCUACGACCUCGCCGCAUCGGCCUAGGAGAUCCAAGCUAUGACGCGAGCCUUGACGAAGCGAACACAAUUAUCAAGUCACAGCUCUUGCAAAUCGGGCCUUUGGAGUACUGGGAGUCAGCAGCCGAGUCUGGUGGAAAGCGAGCAAAGGCGAAAGCUCGAUUUCAGAAUGAAGAGGAUGCGAGAAGUGCCGCGGCAGGCUUGAACGAGACGGCGCUCCCAUUUCACGGCCAUGGCCGCUUGACAGUGCAACUUGUGCAUUCGGCAAGAUUUAAGGUCUCUGAGCGGAUUUAUCAGGCUGUUCGGCCAAAGGUAGGCGCGGAGGAGACAGUCUGGAAGGCACAGCACUUGGUCUUUAUUCCAUAUGAGCCGGUCCGGGGAUACAGAGUGCUGAAGCUGGAGGGCGAAUCUACCAGGGAUGUUGCUCGGGCGAAGAAGGCGCUCGAAGAAAUACUGGAGGGUAUGAUCGCCAUGUCAGAGGGCAACGUCCUUUGGUCUCCAUCAUUUUCCAUGAAUGGAGAUUCCUACCGGAUGCUCAAGGAUAUUGAGGAGCGCCUUGGAAUUGUCGUCGUUCGAAGCAAACGACUUCGUCGCAUACACCUUUACGGGCCCGAAGAGAAAUGCAAGGAAGGCAGUAAAUUGAUAGUGGACAUUUCCAAAGCAAAAUCGACAGAUGGUCAUUCCAUCGAACUCGAUGACAAGCAAUUCAAUUGGGUAUGUCAUGGAGGGUUUCAAAAAAUAUCCGCGACCCUGGGAGUGAAAGCCGUUGCUCUAGACAUCAUGUCCAAACCUAAGCGACUUUUGUUGAAAGGGUCUGCUGCGGACUACAAGCUUGUCCUCAGCAUGCUCGCUGGUGAAAAGGAAGAUGAGAGUUUUGGCACAGCGCUUUCUGAAAACGACUGCUCAAUCUGCUGGACGGAAGCUGACAACGCGAUCAAAACCCACUGCAGACAUACAUACUGUGCUGACUGCUUCGAGAUGCUCUGCUUUUCCGAGCUUGAUACCACUAAAAGUACCGAACCAGCCAUUCGCUGCCAAGGGGGCUCCGGGAAAUGCAACGCAAUUCUUCCCCUCGACGAGCUCUGGGAUCACCUCCCCUCGAGCGCAUUCGAAGAUCUCCUCGAAGCUUCCUUCAAAUCCCACAUCCGUCGCCACCCGCAACAAUUCCAAUACUGUCCGACUCCAGAUUGCAACCAAGUCUACCGCACGACCACUACGGGCGCUGUGUUCCACUGUUCCAACUGCCUCAUUCCAGUCUGCACGACUUGCCAUGCAAGCCACCCGGGAAUGACAUGUGCCGAACAGAAAGACUUUGCGUCCGGUGGGUACGAGGCUCUAGCAAAGGCGAAGAAGGAGCUGGGGAUCAAGGACUGCCCGGCGUGUAAGACGGCGAUUGAGAAGACGGAGGGAUGUAACCACAUGGAGUGUCGAGGGUGUGGGACUCAUAUUUGCUGGAAGUGCAUGAAGACUUUUGCGAGAAGUGCGGAGUGCUAUACGCAUAUGAAUCGGGAGCAUGGGUCUAUAGGGCUGGACUUUGCGGGGAUUGACUGA